UAUGAUAUGAUUUACCAAUAAACUCGCAAUAACGAAUAAGCACCAAUCGAAGAAAGAAGAAUUUUGAAAGUGGGGAUCGUUAAAGAACUUAAUUGUUCGAGAAUUGAGAAAUUGCAUAAUAUUCUUAAAGUAAAUUCUAAACGAGAAACAUGAAUGAAUAUAAAUAUGGAAAACUCAUUAUUGAAGGAAAGACCAAAAAGGUAUAUGAAGUUCUAAAUGAUUCUACUUUGUGUCUUUUACAAAGUAAGGAUUGUAUUACUGCUGAAGAUGGUAAAAAAUUUCAUAAUUUAAAAGGAAAAGCUGCAAUUAGUACAGCUACUACAGCUAAAGUAUUUCAAUUAUUAAAUAAAGCUGGAAUAAAAACAGCUUUCGUUGAAUUGGUAAAUGAUACUGUUUUUGUUGCCCAAAAAUGUCAAAUGCUACCAAUUGAAUGGGUUAGUCGAAGAUUAGCCACUGGCAGUUUCUUAAAAAGACAUCAAGGUGUCCCUGAAGGUUAUAGAUUUAAUCCACCUUUACAAGAAACAUUUUUUAAAGAUGAUAUUAAUCAUGAUCCUCAAUGGUCAAAGGAACAAAUUAUUUCUGCUGGUUUUAAAUUGAAUGAACUCAUAAUAGGAAAAGAUGAAUUUGAUAUUAUGCAACAUACUGCACUUACUGUAUUUGAGAUUUUAGAAAGAACAUGGGCGAGUAGAGAUUGUGCACUUAUAGAUAUGAAAAUAGAAUUUGGUGUGAAUGUAAACAAUGAAAUUAUGGUAGCAGAUAUAAUUGAUAGUGAUUCUUGGAGACUUUGGCCAUCUGGUGAUAAAAGAUUAAUGAAAGAUAAACAGAUAUAUAGAAAUUUAGAUAUUGUUACUGAAGAAGAUUUAAACACUGUAAAAUGUAAUUUUAAAUGGAUACAAGACCAACUUGACCAUCUUCUUCCUUUAUCUACUAGUCUUGUUGUUAUUUUAAUGGGAUCACUUUCUGAUGAAGGCCAUUGUAAAGAAAUAGCUAAACAUGCAAAAUCUUUAGGUUUAAAAGUUCAAUUUCGUGUUUGCAGCGCUCACAAAGGUACUCAAGAAACAUUGCGUAUUCUUGCAGAAUAUGAAGGUACUUAUGAAAAGAUAGUGCUAAUAGCUGUAGCAGGGAGAAGUAAUGGAUUAGGUCCAGUACUCUCUGGAAAUACAUCUUUGCCUGUCAUUAAUUGUCCACCUUUCAAACCAGAAAAUAUUUCCCAAGAUUUAUGGUCAUCAAUCAAUGUUCCAUCAGGAAUUGGAUGCACUACAGUAAUCUAUCCUGAAAGUGCAGCAUUAGCAGCUGCUCAAAUUCACGCAUUGCAUGAUCAUCUAGUUUGGGCAUGUUUACGAGUAAAGCAGUUAAAAAAUUACAUUGCUUUAAAACAAGCUGAUAUUAAUUUAAAGAAUCUUAUUGUGUAAAAGAUUUGAAUUAUUUAAUACUAAUUUACGAUUCAAUUUUAUGAAUCACAUAAAAUUUAAUUACAUUUUAAAAAUAUAAUUAAUAUUAAAUAAUUCAUAUUACAAUAUAUUAAUUAUUCAUAUAAAUUUAUAUAUAUAUAUCAAUAUAUAAUAAAUAUUUAGUUGCUAAUUUAGUA